CUAUUUCUCAGCUCCCGGGAGCAACCUCAAAAUUCACCGCACCUACCGCUCAGCCUGCAAACACUCAACACGCUUAAUUUCCACUUGAACUAAUUCAGGUUCCCAGAAAGCAAAGCCUGCGCCACUUAACCACUCCUCUCCCUCCGUUUCCCCCCAUCCCUUGGUUUACUUAAGAAAGCACAUAUUUACAAGGCACGUCAUUGCAGGCCCCUCCCUAGCAAAGACAAAGUUCCAGCGUUCCGCGCCAGAGAGCUUUCUCCCUCGUUCCCCUGCUGGGGUCCCCGAGGGCCAGUGACGCUAGAGCCCCCACCCUCACCCUGCCCAGCACCUGGUGCACGCAAAUCCUUUCUCCACCGGUCUCUACUUCGCUGCGUCUUUUGGUGAUUCAGAGCCCUGGCCCCGCCCACGGCGCUAAUUUAACUCGGAACGCGGAUUGCAGAACUACCGCGCGCCGCUGCUUCUCCCAGCUCCUCGCUCGAGCCCGCCCCGUCCUAACCGCGGAGGCCCCGGAAUCCCGGCGCGGGGUCCCUGUCCCUGCGCGUCAUGAGUCCCGCCCGGCCGAGGGCCCCCGCGGAGCUGCGCCUGCUGGGCGGGCUGACCCCUCUGCCGCUGCUGCUGCUGCAGCUGCUGCUGCUGCGUCCCCUGACAGUGCAGGGUGACUGCGGUCUUCCCCCAGAUGUACCUAAUGCCCAUCUAGCUUUGGGAGAUAAUACAAAUUUUCCUGAACAAAGCACAGUAACCUACAAAUGUAACGAAGGCUUUGUAAAAGUUCCUGGCAAGCCAGACUCAGCUGUCUGUCUUACCAGUAAAUGGUCAACGGUUGCAGAGUUUUGUAAUCGUAGCUGUGUUGUCCCAACCAGGCUACUUUUUGCGUCACUCAAAAAGUAUUACAGCAAACAGAAUUAUUUCCCAGCGGGUUCCACUGUGGAAUAUGAGUGCCGUAGGGGCUACAGAAGGGACCAGUCUCUGUCAGGAAACCUAACUUGCCUUCAGGAUUUUACAUGGUCCAAACCCGCUGAAUUUUGUAAAAAGAAACCAUGUCCUAGUCCUGGAGAAAUAAAAAAUGGUCGUGUCAUUAUACCAGACGGCAUAUUAUUCGGCGCGUCCAUCUCUUUCUCAUGUGACACAGGGUACAGAUUAGUUGGUGCAGAUUCUAUUUACUGUUCUCUUGUGGAAAACACUGUUGGGUGGAGUGAUCCAUUGCCAAAAUGCCAAGAAAUAUUUUGUCCAGAUUUCAGAAUUGCCACUCUCAAGUCCAUUUGGCCAUCACCCAGAAUUUUUAAGAACUUAAAACAUUAUUAUCAUUGAAAUUCCCUUUGUAUG